AUGAGUGACCCGCUACGAGAGAUCUACGAGAUCCGCGAGGGAUUGAUCUUUCUCAUUGAGAUCACCCCGGAGAUACUCGCGCCUAAUGCUACUCUCGGAGGCGACUGCCAGUUGCUGGAGGUGCUAGCCGCCAUCCUUUCCCUCAUGGAGACUAUGAUCAAAACCGAAAGAAACACGGGGUUUGGCGUGUACUUUUACCACAGUCUUGUCAAUGAUGAUGAUAGCCGAUUCUUACCUGUCCCUAAAAGCCACCCGUUACCUAAUUUCUACGCGUUAUUCCCAUUAACUUAUGUUAAUAUCACUAACCGCGUCAAGCUUGCCAAAUUGCUUAGACGCCAUCAGACUGGCGAACAAAAGUUGAACCAGGUGUUUACUCCGGUUAAGGGGGAACCAUCAGAUGUAAUUUCAGUGAUGGAAAACGUGAUGGAGGUGUUUCAACGACGGUUUGGUGGUGGGGGGUUUAAUCGCGCUAAAUUGGUAUGGCUCACCACUAAUGAAUUUCCCUGUGCCACUGAAGCCGAUGAAAAGGUAUUACGACGCAAAAUCCAGGACUUCUUUGAUCUUAGGAUUGAUGUGCGUCCGGUAAUGCUUGCCCAUGCCAAUGGUAAGUUUAAUAAUAAGCAGUUUAACGAUUUAUUUUUGAACACAGGGGUGCUUGAUAAACUGGGAAAUCUCCGGGAUGAUAAUAGUGGCCAGCCUCAACCGAAACAGGAGGAACUGACAGUAUGGCGAGGGUCGGCGAAAGCAGCUUUAGCUAAAGGGUCAACAUUCUCCAAAGAUAUUCGCCUGUUAAUCCUCAAAUUGAAGCAAGUAAAGCGUCAACAAUUCGCUUGUCCAUUGAUUCUUUCUGACGGUAAAGACGUCGCUGGUUCAUUCGGGGUACUGGUCCGAGGUUUCGCUCUUGUUCUGGAAGACCACUACCUGAGGCGAGAUACGUAUGUGUACAGUCAAGCCAGUUCAAAACAAGAAGUGCACACCGAACAGAAUAUCAUUGAUCCGGUCCUGGGUGAACCUAUUAAGCUCACUGAUGAAAGUGAAGGCAAAGCCCCGCUUCCUGAUGUCAAAGAGGAGAAUCAUAUUUAUCGAGGAGUGGAAUUGACCGGCGGUGACGUCAUGUGUUUGACUCCCGAUACCUGGAGGUUCAUCAACAGCACUGACUUUGAUCACGAUCCUACCAUCACCAAAACUAAAGCCAAAAAUGAUAAUGAUGGGUCGGGUACUGAUUACUCGGACAGCGAUGAAGACGAUGAACUUGAUGAUGAAGAAGAUUGGGAGGUGGUGGGAGGUAAUGAUGGAGACAAACUCAGUCUUUCGCACUCGCCUUACCUCAAGUUGAUUGGGUUCCGUGACCUUGAUACUUAUAAGCCAUGGUACUCAUUUGGUAAAGGCAGUUUCGUCACAGUGGAUUUCCUCGAAGGUCGGGACCGGGGUGGGUUCACCAACUCAUUCACGACAUUCCUGGCAUUAUACCAACUGUGUGUGAAGCUUAAGAAGUAUGCUGUCGUCUUUGGACCCGUUCGAAAAGGGUCACGGCCUGCGCUCUAUGUUAUGUACCCUAGUCGAGUGCAACAUGCCAAAAAGCCUUUAAUCACUGAUAAGUGGGACUUUGCCGAAGGGUUUUUCCUUUACCGUCUCCCCUGGCUUGACGAUAUCAGACUGUUACCUAGCGGAUUCGAGGAAAUGUCCACUGAAGCUCAGGAUGAACACGUUGAAGUGUUCAGACAAUUGAUUGAUGACCUUGCGAUGACGUAUACUCCUGAAAGCCACAGUAAUCCUAGUCUUGAGUGGUGGUAUAAGAUCUUAUUAAUGCAAGAGUCAGGCGAACUGAUGGAGCUUGAAGAUCCCAAGGACUUGAUGAAAAAUGACUCCACUACCAGACAAGUGGCCCUGGUGAGAAAAGCCCUCAGCAUGAACCCUGAGCUUGUUGAACAACUCGAAGAGGUGCUGUCUCAAUUGGGACGGUUGGCGCUUCAAGAGGAAGCGGCGGCGGCGGCGGCUACUAAAACUAAACGGGCUCGAAGUGAUGGCGGUGCUGGUGAUAAACGAGCCAAGCUGUCUACAAGAAAAUCUCCUGAUAUCUCGCUUGCACCUACUGAUGAUGAGAUUGUCUUGGCUUAUGGUGACGGCUCGUUAGCCCAAUUUACGGUGCCGCAGUUACGUGCAUUCCAGCAGAAGUAUGCAUCGGAAAUCCCUCGCUGCACCAACAAGACUCAGUACUUGGAGGCGAUUGUGAAGUUUGUCGAAAAGGCAAUCAAAUCAGCCGAUACUUGA